AGCUCUAUCAUGGAAUGGAUUACGAAUGACUGACACCCGUGGAGAUAACCUCAAACAUCCCCAUCUCUCAGACAUCUAGCUGCUCUAAAGCCACUACAUUUUACACCCCGUACACCUCAAUAUGAACAGUAAUAUCCAGAACAAGAACUCCAUGGCCGCGUUCCUGAUGAACGACAACCUGGAGCCAGCAACAAUGACUCUAGACUUUGUCAGACUUGUGUUUCACUUCUGUAACUUUGUUAAUCUGACUCUGGGAGGGAUUGCGUUUGGUGUUGGUAUUGGCUACGAUCUGACUCCGAUUAAUGUGAGCGGUAGUGCUGCUAUGACUCCUGUACAGACGAAGUUUGUCAUAACAGGGGUAUUUGUGAUAAUACACGGGCUUAUUGGAGCGUACGGCUUCGUGUCUAAGCAAAGCAGGUCACUGAUAGUAUAUGGGUGUCUGGGUUUCUGUCUCCUGAUAGUGGGAAGUGUAGCUGCCUGGUCCGCAAUAACUGGUGAAGAGAAUAUUAUCAGAGACUCCAGGGACCACUUUUACUUCAAGUGGAAGAAUUUCGAUGAGAAAAUUGAUAAAUUCGUGGGCGAACACAAAAUGACCAGAGUGGUACACAGCGACUGCGAGUGCAGGUACAGUCCCACGGACACGGAUGUUCCGGAAGCAGUGAGAGACCACAUAGUGGAUUGUUGGUCCGGUAAAUUGCCGAAAUCAUCACGAAAACCGCUGACCACUUCCAAAGAAGGGAUCGCUCCUACACCAAAGGAUGAAGAUAAUCCUCUUGACAAGGAUGAUCAGUAUAUCUGGAACUUGAUCUGUAUCCAGAAGUCAUGCCAUAUGAGAUAUAUUCCUGUCAAUAUCGAUAAAGACGAGGCUAAUUUCACGAAAAAGAUCGAUGAUUAUGAGGAUCAGAAAUACUAUAAUUGCAAAGAAGAAAAGGUAUGUACCGACGAAAACAGUUGUGAUACGAGAUGUGAUCCUUUCCUCACCACUUACGACAAAACUAUGUGCUCGGAUCUCUGCAAUGUUCAUUCCGAGCCUUACACCUGCAUCAGAUUCGUUGCCAUACUUACCGGGUAUCGAGUAGUAACGAUGUACGUGAUCCUGUUCUGUUUGUCUGUUACUCAAACCGUCUGCCUACUUUGUGACAUCCUCUUCAUCUUCUGGUCCCUCAAAGAGGAGGUGGAUAUUGAGAUCCACCAAACAGAUGGUAAAGACGGUAAACGUUUGUCAACCAAGAUUCAGCUCCUAAAUCGUUUCUUACCCUGCUGUUUCGGCAUACCUACACCCGAUAACAAUAGACAGUCCAAUGUGGCCCUAAGUGACAUUUUCUCAGCCUCUGACCCGGACAGUUCCCAAAUUAACGCUAUCACGGACUCCGAUCCUAGUGAUCCCAAAACUUGAACCUUACACCCACGUUACUGUGUGCUCUUGUCAGGGAGGCACUUAAGGGGUAUUAAUUAAUUAACCUCAGAUGACCAAAUUUGUUUAAAAAAGCUGCACAUUAAACUUAAGGCAAGUUUAAUUCAUGCUAGUACUGAUCAAUGAGGAAAGCUUUUUAAUGAUGAUAAUUUCGUCCCUUCUACAAUCUACAAUCUGGCCGAAGAGGCCUGCAGUAGUUAGUUUGAAUACUGAUAGGCAUCUGAAGGAACUAAAGCAGGUGCCCAACAUUCAGCCAACAAGACAAAGUACCAGUCAUUUAAAUAUCAGAUAAAAUGUCAGAUAAGAGAAAGCAAAGAACCUACCUUGUGCCAGUGGCCCAAUCUGAUAUAUUAUUUCAUAUGGAAUGCUGCUUAAAGUAACAGAUCAGUUUUUCAGGAUUAUAAACAUAAAGACAUCUAUUUAUCAAGAAAGGGUACAUUUGUAGCAUAUUUUCUAUUUUAAUUGGAUUGCAGUUUCUUAUGACGCUAUACAUAUUCUGAAUGGGGUUCUUUUGCAAUAUCUUUGUGAUGUUACUUUUCGUUGUGAAAUAACUGUUUCCAUUUAAUUACAGAUAUCUUUAAUUCAUAA